UCCACGCUGCAAGCUAUCGCUACACGUUUCCCUAAAAUUGUUGCUUUUACCGUCAUUAAAAUGUACAGAGCACCGUUCAAGAGAUGGUCUUUGUUGACAUGGAGCCAUUUUAUAUAGAUAAUAGUUUAAAAUAUGUCUUAACGGACAUUAGUUGUUCACGUGUAGCCCCCGUUAGUCACUCCAGGUCAUCGACGUCCCUUCGGUUUAACUUCUUCGUAGUCUGCCAUACUUACGUGACUUUUUAAUCGGUUGAACCAAGUUUAGACGCUGGCUAACGGCUACUUCCUUGCCCACAUAAGAAGCGGACUCUCGGAGCAAAGGGACCGGGGAGAUCGGAGGGGUGCCAUGAACCCACCGAAGCGGCUCCGUACCACAGGAAAUGAAGCGGAGACACCGCUGAGUGGGCAGGAGGAGGAGAGGAGUGCAGUGGAUGUGAGUAUUGUCAUGCCAAUGUACAAUGCAUCCUGUUGGCUGGAUGAAUGUCUGCAGGCUGUAUUACACCAAGACUUCACUGGAACCAUGGAGCUCUCUGUCUUUGACGAUGCAAGCACUGAUGACUCUAGGAAAGUGGUGGAGGGUUGGAGGGAGAGGCUGGAGGCCAGGGGCUUGUCACUAGUGAUCGCCGGACACAACUCUGCACAACCCAGAGGAGUGGGAUAUGCAAAGAAUAAGGCCAUAUCUCAGAGUUGUGGACAAUACUUGUGCUUUCAGGAUGCGGAUGAUGUUAUGUUGCCUGAAAGAGUUCGUCUGCAGUAUGAGGCAUCUCUCCUCCACCCAAACUCACUGAUUGGCUGCAAAGUUCAAAGGCUUCCAGAGGGGUCUACAGAACGUUACACUCGCUGGAUCAACACAAUAACUCAGGAUCAGCUCAUCACACAGUUGUACACGUCUCACGGGCCCACAGUCAUCAUGCCGACGUGGUUCUGCUCAAGGAGCUGGUGCCUGAAGGUUGGAGCGUUUGACGAGGGAGGCAAGGGGGUCCCGGAGGACUUGCUCUUCUUCUACCAGAGCAUUCGUCAAGGAGGGGGUGUGGCCAGAGUCGACCAGUGCCUGCUGGUGUACCGUUACCACGAGAAGGCCACCACACACUCUGUAACAGAGGAAACCAUUUGGAAGCUGAGAGUGGACUUUCUGCAGGAGAGAGUUCUCAGCCAAUGGGACAGCUUCACAAUAUGGAAUGCUGGGAAGCAGGGCCGGAAGCUGUACCGAUGCCUCAGCUCGACCAAUCAGAAGAAGGUGAAGGCUUUCUGUGAUGUCGAUGAGAACAAGAUCCAGAAAGGCUUUUACACAUAUGAGGAAUCCAAGCAAAGACCUAAGCCAAAAAUCCCAGUUGUGCACUACAAAGUCGCCUCCGCCCCUUUCAUUAUCUGUGUUAAACUGGACAUGACUGGAGGUGUUCUGGAGGAAAACCUCAACUCUCUGCAGCUAAAGGAAGGAAUAGAUUACUACCAUUUCAACUGAGCGCUGGGGGUGAGGGAGAAGGCGAGGAGCCCUGCAGCUUUGACAGGCUGCUGGGAUGCAGAGGACUGAGGGAAAGGCAGGGGAUAACAAGAAGCGUGAACCGAACACUGGGACAGAGACAAUACUGAGACAAAGGAACGAUAAGUUUGUAAUGUAUUUUUAGUGUUAAAAGACGUACUUGUGUGUGGGAAAGAAUGUGAAAAUGUUCUCAAAGUUUUACUUGGCAGAGUUAUUGCAAGGGCUGAUUAAGGCUGUUUUCUCUGCCUCACACCUGGACCACAGCGCUGGGACCGCUACUAAAUGAGAACAACCACACCACUCUCUAAUCUGCCCAUUAAAUAUGAAGCCACAGCCAGGAGACACUUGGCUUAGCACAAAGGCUGGAAACAGAGGGAAACAGCUAGCCUGGCUCUGUUCAAAGGCAGCAGCAUCAGCCUCCCAACCCAGCAGCAGCAUCAGCCUCCCAGCCUGUAAGCUCACUAAUUAACACAUUAUAUCAUAUUUGUUUAGGGAAGGCAAGUUUAUUCAUGUCGCACAUUUCAUACACCAAUGUUCAUGUUCAUGCUAAUUUGUGAGCUGUGGAGGUGCUUGUAAGCAGACUUUGUUCCCUGUAGAUUGGGAUAGGCUAGUCGUUUCCCCCAUUUCUAGUCUUUGCUAAGCUAAGCUAACCAUCCUCUGGCAUUAUUUUAACUGGCAGAUAUAAGAGUGGCAUUGAUAUUUUGUCUAAUUACAGGCAAGAAAGUGAAUAUGCAUAUUUCCCAAAAUGUCCAACUAUGUUUAGGCUAAUAGAAGUAGCCAUAACGUGACCUGGAGCUGAAAGAUAUAGCAAAAAUGGUAAUUAAAUUUGGAAAAGAGGCUCUCAGGCUCUUAUAUUUUACUCAAACCAUGCAAGAGGACAUGAUGAUUCCCAACAUUGACUAGUCUAGGAAUAAAAUGCUAUUGUGUUUUCUAAUCCUGUGAGGAUUGAGGCUUCUAUUUGCUAACCUGGAUACUUGAACUUGUGUUAAAUUUGAAGUGAUCAGAGCGCAUCAUCACAGAAGGCUCAACUUAUAAACCGUGGGAUGCUUUCUAACCAGAAUCGUUCACUGAUUUCUUAACAGUCUUCUCUAAUGCAACCAUGCAAAAUCAGAUGCACGCACACAUCUGCUACAAAUGUACAAACAUGGAUACUGCAUAUUUGUUUUUCUUUCCUUUGGUCUAUUAUGAAAUCUAAAGAACAAUAACCUCUUUAAGAGAGCACAGUUCUGACGCAUAAACACAUACACACACAGUUUAUUUUACCUCACAGAGUGUGGAGUUUUUCUGCCCAGAGGUAAACAGACCUUUCCCCACAAAAUCUCCCGCGGUGUUUCCUGGGUCUGCGACGUGGUCUGCCUUACUGUAAGUCUGGCCACAGCAGUUUGUAGGGAAGCAGCAGCCUUGGUGAAAAAAAAACUGGAAGGGAUCUUCAACUCUGCCAAAGUUUUAUUUUCACUACCUUUGUUUGUUAUCAUAGACUGAACAUACAGUUACAGUUGCACAGUGGUGUAAAUGCACACAAUCACUGCACCAUAUUAGAAGUUAGGCUUGAAUUCAUUGUUUUUGAUAAUAGCAGGAGUGUUUGGGCCUGAUUCAGCCUGGGGUUUGAGGUGAAAACACCAGGCCUCUGCCACCCACGGAAAAGUGCUUUGUACAGGCUGAGAAAAAUAUCACAUCCACUUAGCACUCAGUCUCCAUCUAGAGCCCUCUACCCCCUCUGUGUUUCUAUACACAAACAUUUAAACAAGAUGUUCUUUACCUCAGAGAUGUGAUUCUUUACAGUGGGGCUGCAACCAGUGAUCAUUGGUGAUUAAUGUGAUCAUUAGUUUCUUGAAAUAUCAACUCUUUUUUUCCUAAAAACCCAAGGUGAUGUCUUACCAACAGUUGAAGCCCAAAGAUGUGCAGUUUACUGUCACAUAAGACAAAGAAAUGCAGUAAU